AUGUCGCAGACAGUUGGGAAGCUGGUCAGCGUGGUACCUGUAGGGUUAAAAGAGGCUGCACUCGACUCGCCUACGUUCCGUGCCACCACUCUUCACUUCUCCGACCAGAUCGAAUAUCUCGAACGAUGGCUCGAUGGUUACGCAAAGGCCGCAUCGCGGCUUGCCACAGAGCUCGCGGCUCUGGAGGGGAUAGUCGGCGCAUUCCUCUCGUACUCCACGAAUCCCCUUAUGGUGUCGGAGGCCAUUCUGGAUCAUGACUACACAUUGUCGGCAAUGCGGAGAUGUGGUGAGAGCUCCAAGGACAUGUGGAAUGGCUUGGUCUUUGCAGCGCGGAAGAUUGAAACUCUGGUUUCGGAACCAAUCAGACAAUUCAUCCAGGAAGACUUGCGGAGUUUCAAGGAGAACCGCCGCAUUCUUGACCACGCGCAAAAACAGUACGACACCUUGCAAGCAAGAUACUCGUCCCAAUCGAAGUCAAAAGAACCCUCUGCUCUGAGGGAGGACGCAUUCCAACUUCACGAGGCCCGCAAAGCUUAUCUCAAGGCGUCUAUGGAUUUCUCUGUGCAAGCGCCGCAAUUACGGAACGCAUUGGACCGACUGCUCAUACGCGUUUCUUUUGACCAAUGGAGGGAGCUGAAGACACUUCACAGUAGUCAUGGAGGAGCAUUUACCAAGUGGAGCCAGGAAAUGGACCGCAUCAAGGGUUGGGUGCACGAAAUGGAGGGCACCGAGAAGUUCUCAAAAAGAGAGCUUUUUUCUGCCCGAAGUCAGAUUGAAGAUGCCGCAGAGGUUGCUGCUCGACCAUCCCGUGAGUUGGAAGACUACUCUGUGUCCACGGUCCCAUACCUCGGCUCGCGUCCCUUGUCCUUUGACACAAAAGACGCCCGCCCCGAGAAACAAGGCUGGGUGAACUUACGCGUGCUGUCAAACAAACCAACUCGCACUACGUGGGUUAAACGUUGGGCCUUCUUGAAGAACGGAAUCUUCGGUUGCCUAGUGCAGGGCAUGCGAACAGGAGGCGUUGAAGAGACCGAGAGAAUUGGAGUGUUGCUUUGUAGCAUCCGUCCCGCCUUCCAGGAGGAGCGGAGAUUCUGCUUUGAGGUCAAGACAAAGAGCAACAAUAUAAUGCUUCAAGCUGAAACCCAGAGAGAGCUCAUGGACUGGAUCUCCGCUUUCGAAGCCGCGAAACGAAAGGCACUGGAGAACCCGUCAAGCACUGAUGUCUCGGUGAUUGGGAAGCCUGCCGUGCAGGAUCCUGCAUUUGCUAUAUCCCAACCACCGGCACCUGAAUUCGCCGCCGACCCUGCAGACUACCUGACGCCAAAUGUAAGCGAUGAAAAUACCUCAUCUGACCGCAGCGGCAUGCUUCCGCUGCCUGAUCGUGACCCUUCGGCUUUCCGCAACAGUAGUGAUCUUAGUGGCCACAGGCGACUGACAUUUGACCCUGAAAGCCCUGCAAAGGACCAUACCUCACGACUUAUCCAGAAGCUCGACCUUCAUCGACGUGGUAAUAAUGCUGUUCAGUCUUCUACCUCUAUACCUGGCGCAGGUGGUAUAAGUAGCCUGAUAUCUGCCAGUCACAGUGCUAUCUUAUCGACCGAGAUUGACGCCAAUAAGAUACUUCCCCCGUCAACUCUUACGCCCCAGACAUUGGCCAAUCCACCAGCUCCUACAAAUCUGAGCAAGGCGGCUGUGCUUGUGAGCAACGAUAGGGGUCUAGGGGUAGGUCUCGGCGACAAGACGGGAGGUAUGCCAAGCGGCAUGAUGGCGAACCUGUGGGGAAGCUCGAAUUGGGGUUUCAUGAAUAAAUUGGAACUUGAAUAUGCCGGGGUCUCGGAAGAGAAACUUCAAACCCAGGAACCAGAAACCGCUGAGUUGGACACUACCGGUGGCUCCGCAGGUGGUAAAGUGAAAGCGCGUCAUAGGCCAACGGUCAGCUUGGACGGCGACGCUUCAAAGGUGCAGCGGGCGAUUAUGGGCAUUGCGCACGAGUACCCCGAGUACUAUCCCCCGCAACUGAAGAUGCAGGACGCCCAAUUCCGACUUCUAUUUCCUAAUGUCAAAAAGGAGGAACCUUUAGUAUUGGUAUUCAGGGCCACGUGGAACCCUAACGAGCAGCAAGAAUUUCCCGGAAGGGCCUACGUUACUACUCGUAACAUUUACUUUUACAGCCACUACUUUGGCCUGGUACUUACGACGAGCGUUUCUUUGGAAAAGAUUAAGGAAGUUACAGGAGCUCCUGGAAGAGACUGUGACUUCCUCUUCCUGCACACUAUUCCUCCACCCGGAAACGACACCCCCGGUCGAGUCACGGUGAAGACUUUCCUCGAGCCGCUCAAGGUCCUCCAAAGGCGGUUGAAUUUCCUGAUUCAUGACUCAACAGCUGUCGAACCUAUGGAGUUAGAAGCAAUCUUCAAGUCCCUCAACAAAAUGAUCACUGAGCAGGUUACGCGAACACCCAGCCUGGACAGCUGGGAAGACGUGGCCGCAGGAGAUAGGCUGACUGAACCUGAGGAUGUGCCGAAGGCUAUCAUGCGACCAUCGAUCUACAUUGACAAGAACUUGGAUUUGAAUCGGGCUAGGGCUGGCAGUGAUGCUCCCAAGUUCAGACUUCCAACUCAACCCGUGCAGUAUGUUCCACAGGGGGAUCUGCAUCUUGCCGCAGAAAAGGAGUUCGAUCUUAGCACAAAGGCCGUCUUUCAUAUCCUUUUCGGUGAUAAGAGCGCUGUGUGGCAGCUCCUUUUGUACCAAAGACGAGCCCAAAAUAUCAAGCAGGGUCCCUGGAUUAGGGACGACUCCCGCCAUUUGAAGCGUGAUUUUCAAUAUCAGAUCGAGACGGCGGAUGUGCUCGGUCGGACUGAUGUGAAGGCGAUAUCUGAUUACCAGUUGAUCGAUGUUCUCAAUGACCACUUGUGUUAUGUGAUUACGGACAAGCGAACCCCAUGGCAUCUUCCUUUCAGGCGUAACUUCAGGCUGGUCAAUAAGAUUGUGAUCACUUUUGUUGCAAAGGGGAAGUGUAAGCUCUCGGUCUAUACGAAAGUGGAAUGGCUAUGGUCACCGUAUGGCAUUCAGCGUGUGAUUGACAAACAGGCUAUGGAUGACUUGGAGGAAGACGCCAUGGACCUCGUCGAUCUUGUCGGAGACCAGGUGCGGAAGCUCGGUGUACACAGCCGAACCAAGAAAGCCAUCACGAUUUUCGGCCAUGUCGGACGACAGGCCCUUACAUCGCAAUUCAACAUUGACCCGGAUGCGAAGAUUGAGCGUCGCAGACCGCGUACUCAGCGCACGCUAUUCCAGAUGUUGUACGAGACGCUCGUGUCGUUCCUUCAGAGCGCCAUUUCAUCCAUAAUAAUCUGGAUCUUUGGCACCCUACGCUGGGUCUUCAAGACUGCAAAUGCUAACAAAAUCAUCCUUGCGCUACUUGCAUCCAGUGUGCUGUUGAAUGGUUUCUACUCGACGCGGGCUACAUCUGAAUGGUGGCAGGAACGGAACGUUGGAGACUUUAUGACUCGUAUGGGCAUUCAUCCUGAUCACAUUAUGAGCAAAGCUAUCUACAUGCGUGAUAUCGACGAGGAAAUCGCCAACGCCACUGUCGGACAAACAAGUGAGAACGUUAGCGAUUGCUUCUAUACAUUCCAGCAACAGACGAUACGGGACUCUGCUGCGCCAAUGUCCCUCAGCACCUCCAGCAGGAGAGAAGCAGUAGCCCGGGGCGCGGCUAGAAGGGUCCAGCAGACUCGCGAACGGCUCGGUGUGUAUCGAUACAACCUGCUCGUUGCGCUCCGCGUGAUCAACAGCAUCGAGAAAGAAGUCCUCCAAAGUGAGUGGGAACGUUGGCUUCAGCAAGAGCUGCGACGCUGCCGCCAGGUUGAAGACCUGCUAGGGGCAGAUGCUGAUGAAAUGAGCGGGACAGAGGGAGGUCAGACUGUGUUGGGAGGACUCAACGGCGACGUUAGGCAGUGGUAUGAAACAUAUUGCUCGAGCUGCCAAAAGGAGCAGGAGCAAAUUGUCGCGGCGGUUCCAGAAUGA